UGAUGAUCAAAAGAAAGAAAAGUGAAUCAUAUUAGAUAAAAGCUGAAACCCUUUUCAAAAAGUUAGAGGGUAGAGUUGCAACUAUUAGGUUACAACUCUCCCCUUUCAUGAAAUUACCUCAUCUUUUUCUUCUUCAUUCUCAUUCUUUCUCUUUCUGUAAUUGAUAUCUAUCUUAUAAACAUAAAAAAAAAUAUAUAUUUCUUUCAACAAUUUGUUGAUUGAAUUUACAUUUCAAGAAACAAUUCAUUCAAAAAAUGCAAAGAACAGAUGGUAAUAAUGAGAAUAUUCCAACAUCCCCUCAUCAUCAAUUGUCACCACAAAAUUCUAUACAAAGAGAUAUUUCAUUGCAAUCAUUACCACCCCGGUCCCAAUCACAAAAUUCAAUGCAUAGACAUCUCUCCUCUUCCUCCUCCUCCUCCUCAUCAUCAUCAUCACAAAAUUCGAUGAAUGAAUCUCAUUUAGCUAUACCACCAUCACCACCACCAAUUAUAUCUAAUUCGAUAUCAUCACCACCAAAACAUUUCCUUUAUGGACCCCCUCCACCAUCACAAUUGUCAUCAUUAUCGACACAAAUUCCGUGGCCAUUAAUUCCACCACAACACCAACCACCUUCAUAUCACCAACCCCCUAUGAUGCCAUAUUACCCACCAAUGGGGGUGCCACCACCAUUUCCUCCACAUUUUCCUAUGCCCUUUCCUCAUGACCAAUUUCAUUCAUUUCAUCAUCCAAUGCUCCAUGGAAAUAAUAAUAAUAAUAAUAUCUCAAAUGGACAAAUUUAUAGUCAGCCUUGGUCCACAGGCCUUUUUGAUUGUUUUUCAGACAUCAAGAAUUGUUUUAUUACAUGUUUAUGUCCCUGUGUUACUUUUGGGCAAGUGGAUGAGAUUUUAUCUCAAGGACAAAUGACUUGGUGGGAAGCUGCAUUAAUGUUUGGACUUUUGGAGGCAUUUUGUUGUCAAGCAUCAUUGGUUUUUGCAUGGUAUCAUCGUGUGCAAUUCAGAAAAAAAUAUAAUUUGAUGGGAAAUUUAUUCAGUGAGUUUGCAAUUACUCUUAUUUGUAUGAGAUUGGUCCUUUGUCAGAAUUAUCGUCAGCUUAACAAACUUGGCUUUGAUGUAGCUCUAGGAUGGAAAGCCAAUAAGAAGAAACAAAGAAGAAUAGCAAGCCAAAAUGCUGUUCAAUUUGUGCCACCAAUGGCUAAUCCUGGGAUGUUUAGAUGAAUAGAAAAUUGUUGCAAACUAGUCAAAAGUGGUUGAAGAAAAUUAUUGAUUCUUAUCAUUAGAUCAUUAGAUGUUUAACAAAGCCAGAAGUUACAUGCAUUUCAAUUGUUGAAUUCUUCACAUUGAAGAAUCUAUACUAUGCUAUGUACACAAAUUUUGGAAAUUAAAUGGGAUAUAUCAUGAUCCUUUUUUUUAUAA